GGACAGGGAGAGGCUGCGAAUCUGGCUUUUCGCUGCAGCUCGAGAACUUCCUUUUGAGAGAAAGCACGCCUGACCCAGAGCUUUCAAGCCCAUUUCCUUCUCGCCGGCAGAAGGUAAAGAAGCAGAGGGCCGGGGCUCGAAAGGAAUUGGCAUUGAGGCGAUAAUAUACCGACUGGUGUGUUCGUGCUCAGGCUGCUUUAGCCCGAGGGAGGACAGCCAAGGGAAUGAAUGCAGAUGAGGGCGCUGCAUUCCUUGAAAAUUCCUCGAAAUGGAAGAGAUCGGGAACGCGGUGCAGAAGAAAACUGCUGAUCUAGAGCACGUGGCCGAGGUUUUAAUCACAGGGGAGCAGCUACGGCUCAGGCUUCAUGAAGAAAAGGUUAUCAAAGAUCGGCGAUAUCACCUUAGAACCUAUCCAAAUUGUUUUGUGGCGAAAGAAUUAAUUGAUUGGCUGCUGGAUCACAAAGAUGCUGCUGACAGGAACAUGGCAAUCAAGUUGGUGCAGAAACUAUUGGACCAUAGUGUCAUCCAUCAUGUUUGUGAUGAACAUAAGGAAUUUAAGGAUGCCAAACUCUUCUACCGCUUCAGAAAAGAUGAUGGCACUUUUCCAUUGGAUAGUGAAGUGAAGGUUUUCACGAGGGGUCAAAGGAUAUACGAUAAGUUGAUGACCACUGAGAACUACCUAAUGCAGACAAGGGAGGAAGAAGGAAUGAAAUAUCAGCGUGCCUUUGUAGCAAGUGAAUUUGUCAACUGGCUGAUACAAGAAGGAGAGGUUGCCUUAAGGAGUGAAGGGGAACAGCUCUGCUGUAGAUUGCUGGAACAUGGCAUUAUUCAACAUGUGGCCAACAAACACCACUUUGUGGAUGGUAACCUCUUGUACCAGUUCCGCAUGAACUUUCGCAGAAGGCGAAGACUGGUGGAGCUGCUGAACGAAAGUGUGUCCUUGGCACCUGACAGUCAUGAAAGCCCUUUCUGUUUACGAAAACAGAAUCCUGACAACCCGAAUACCAGCUUCCUCUCAGUGAGCCCGACAAAAGAAAUCAAGAUUGGUUCUGCGGUUCGACGGUGUAGCAUGAGCAGCAGCUGUGCCAGUAGCGGCUAUUAUAGCAGUAGCCCCGCCCCCAGCAGCAGCCCUCCUCUGCUGUCCAAUCCAAAGUCUGGUAAGGGCUGUGACCAUGUGGAAUUGCUGACAGUACAGUUUUUAAAGAGACCUGUAACGACAGAGGAGCUCUUAGCUCCUGGUGCACCCUACACAAAGAAGACACUUACAAUUGUGGGUGAUGCAGUUGGCUGGGGAUUUGUUGUACGUGGAAAUAAACCAUGCCAUAUUCAAGCAGUGGAUCCCAGUGGCCCUGCUGCCGUAGCUGGAAUGAAGGUUCGCCAAUUUGUAGUCUCCGUAAAUGGCCUGAAUGUUCUUCAUGUAGAUUACAGAACUGUGAGCAAUCUCAUUCUAACUGGCCAGCGUACCAUAGUAAUGGAAGUCAUGGAGGAAAUUAACUUCUGAAAAGAAAAUGGUAAUUUGGAAGCAUGCUACUAAUCGUGCAUUGGCACUGGAAGAUAGGAGAGAUAUAUUGGAAAUGCACACCUGCAUUUCCUUUGUAUGCCAGAGUAAGAGAAUGUACAACCUAGCUCUUUGCUUCAGGAGUUAAAACAUUGCCUUGUUUGUAUGUGAUUUAAUUUGCUUACCAUUGCCUCAACGUAUAAAUGUUUAAAGUUUUAUUAACACUGAAUGUGAGCUGCCUGGCAUAUAGUAUGUGUUGCAGUAAUGAAUUGAUACUUGAAUGCAGAAAAUAACUUCUGCUGGUGCAUUUUGUCUCUCUAAGUGGACAUUUCCCAUUCCUCAUAGUGGGAUCUAGGGUGUAAUUAGAUGAGUUGUAUCUACAUGUGGUAGAAAUACCUCAACACUUGAAAAUGUAGGUGCCUGUUAAUAGUUUGAAAACCAAGAAAAGGAAAUAUUUUUGAUUUGCCCCUUUUUUAAUUCCUUCACUGUAAGUAAAUAAAUGCACAAAUUUUUUGUGGGUGAGAUAUUCCAAGAGUUAGUUGGGAAUUUACAUAUGUCACCCUUGUAUGGAAAAUAGGGCCUUAGGAAACAAAGAAUCGAGGUUUCAUAAAAUUAACAUUAUUGUUGUAUGGUGUGACAUCUGACGUAAAAGAAGUAGAUACUGUCCAGAAUCUACCCCUCCCAAAAGGUGGAGGGGAAGGUAAUUGGGUGGAUUGGCAUCAGGGAGAUCCUGGUCAUCUUCCCAACACACAAGCAAGUCCUUCUUACCCUGACACCAGUUGGGACUCUUCAGUGGUCAAUUAAUAAGCACUUAGGGGCCUCUUCAGCCACUGCAGAGCAACACCAUUUCCAAAGGCUGAGAAUACUGGCAGGUUCCCCUACAGCAAGAAUAGAUUGGCCUGCCUGCUGUGCUUGUGCAGUCCUCAAUCUGUCCCAAUCUGAUGACUUUCCAUAUUAAGCAGAGGUUCACUGGCAGAUCUGCCAAUGUGGUAUACUGUAUCCAUUGUACUCGGUGUGGCUUCCUCUACAUUGGGGAAACCAAGCAGAGGCUUGGGGACCGCUUUGCAGAACACCUCCGCUCGGUUCGCAAUAAACAACUGCACCUCCCAGUCGUGAACCAUUUCCACUCCCCCUCCCGUUCUUUAGAUGACAUGUCCAUCAUGGGCCUCCUGCAGUGCCAAAAUGAUGCCACCCGAAGGUUGCAGGAACAGCAACUCAUAUUCCACUUGGGAACCCUGCAGCCCAAUGGUAUCAAUGUGGACUUCACCAGCUUCAAAAUCUCCCCUUCCCCCACCGCAUCCCCAAACCAGCCCAGUUCGUCCCCUCCCCCCACUGCACCACACAACCAGCCCAGCUCUUCCCCUCCACCCACUGCAUCCCAAAACCAGUCCAGCCUGUCUCUGCCUGCCUAACCUGUUCUUCCUCUCACCCAUCCCUUCCCCCCCCCACCCCAAGCCGCACCUCCAUUUCCUACCUACUAACCUCAUCCCACCUCCUCGACCUGUCCGUCUUCCCUGGACUGACCUAUCCCCUCCCUACCUCCCCAGCUAUACUCUCCACUCCACCCAUCUUCUUUUCUCUCCAUCUUCGGUCCGCCUCCCCCUCUCUCCCUAUUUAUUCCAGAACCCACUCCCCAUCCCCCUCUCUGAUGAAGGGUCUAGGCCCGAAACGUCAGCUUUUGUGCUCCUGAGAUGCUGCUUGGCCUGCUGUGUUCAUCCAGCUUCACAUUUUAUUAUCUUGGAUUCUGCAGCAUCUGCAGUUCCCAUUAUCUCCAAUCUGAAAUGUUUGGCUAGGGGAGUAGGAGGCAGCAGAUAUAACCAAAGGGUGUGGCUGUGAAAGCUAUAGUUGUGCCCUUGAUUCUAAGUUCCUCUGACCUUUAGGCCCAGCUCCCUGAUUGACCCCUUUCCUUCCUGCUGCUCCUGCACUUCUGGUUAAUUCUGCCAUAAGCAGCUUCCAACCUCUGAUUGGCCACCCCUCAUGUCGGGUGGGAUAUCGCUAUCCUGGGAAGUGAUCCCACCAGGCAGCCUACCAGGUAAUCCCUUACGUGUUCGAUAGGCACAGGAUCUGUUUAGCUUUCCAUUCAAAGGGUUAUUGGGUUUAGGGUCAUUCUGCCCACCUUCACUCAGUAAAAAAUCUUCAGUUUUGUACACUUGCCACUUUUAUGCAUUGAUGUGAUUUAAGUGUAUUAGAAAAUAAGAUUUUAGCACGUUUUCUUUCCUAACAAGCCAUCAGGUCACUCAAGUGCCAAUGUAUCCUGAGACGGUCUCCAAUCUCCAGAUGAACAGGGCACGAAUAACAAAUAUAAUACAAAUAGACAAUGUAGAAAUCAAACUGUUCUGACUACGAGUAUCACUUUAUUUGUUGGAAAAACUUAGUGAGUCCUAGCGCACUGUAUCGUUCAGCUUCAAAAAACGGAAUAAAGCAAAUAAUAUUUGCAUUGAUUCUUACCAUUAACAUUUCUGUUGAAAGAAUGCUGAAUUAAGCUGCAGUUGAAAUAACUUGUGGAUUGCCUGUAAUCUUGAAUGAACAAUCCAAAUCUCUCAAAGUUUGCUGUAAGUAAUCUAUUAGCAGACCAACAGCUAGCCUUGCCAUAUGGAUGGAAGUAUCACUCAUCUGAUCUGCUGGCUGUAAUCAAAAAUAGAGCAAACAAUAUUUGUAUUUGAAAUUAAAAUUUCAUUUAACUGUCAGAUUAAUCAUCGUUUAGGUACAACAUGUCCAGUGGUACCAGGGUUUUUACGCUUGGUGUUUUCGGUUGGCUUUUCUUUUAAGUUGUUUGUUUUCUUUCUUUAUGCCUUGGCUGAUUAAAUUUCAUUCAAAUUACUCCCUUUUUGAAAGUGAAUUAAAUAUGACAUCUUGAAGCUUGAAUUUAUCUAAAAUUUUGUCAAGCUCAUGCUUUAAAUGAAGUAUGCUUGGAAUGAACAAGGACUGAAAUGUGACUUCUGAAGUUUUCUGUGCAAUCUGUACAUAACUCAUCUAUCUACCUCGUUGGCUCUGUCCUACUGGGAAAGGAAAAGGAGAAUAUUUUUUGCAGUAUUGAAAAUUUAGUUUGUAUUCAAGCACAAAGUGGAAAACCAAAGCGUCCUGGUUUGAAUAGGUAUUUCCAGUCGCCACAGGAUAUAACAUAUGACAAAAUGACAAAUAGAUGUUCAAGCUCAAGGACUAAUUUAAGACAUAACACAAGCAUCAGAUGAUUAAGAAUUAUAAAGCAGUGCUACCUAUGAUUUAUAGAAUUGAGAUAGAUAAUGGACUUGAUUAAGUACAACCUGGUACAUAUGUCUGAUAUAGAGCUUUUAAGUUAAAUGUUCCCUUUUACUGGGCAUUGGAUUUCAAAUCAAUGCCAUAAAUUUGAGACUACCAGAGAUAAUCCUAUAAGUGGUGUGAAUCCCAACUCAUUAUUCAACCAGUGUCUAUUUCAAAGUAAAUUGUGUAAUGUUAUUUGAGAACUUCUUUUCUCUAUAGGUUUUAAAAUGAAAUGUGAGGCUGGUUUCAUAAAUCUUAUAGUGCCAUCAUUUAUGUUUGUGUUUUUAUUUUGAACUCUGACAUUGUAAUUCAUAACUCCAGUCAGUCAAGUCCUGGAGGACUGUAUAACCAAACUUUGUCUCAUCUAUUACUUUAACCUUUAGCUGCUUAAGUUAAAUGCAUACUCAGUAAGAUCUGAUGUGGGACAUUUACAAGGCUUAACGCUUCCAGCCUUAUAUUUCAGGAAAUUCUAUUUGGUAGGAAAAUAUUUCAAUAAUAAGUACGCUUGUAUAAAAGAACAUUUUGGUAACUUGUGUAAAGAUGACUAAGAAUAUAUAAGAAAUGUUUACACUUCUGUUUAAAUACUUAAAAUCUGAAUCAGAAUAUUUUGUGCUGGUGCUAGUAAUAUACUUCCGAAGAUUUUACUAAUCAGAUUUAAGUAACCAGUUGAAGUUGAGUCUUCCCAUGCACGUUCAUAUCAAAUCUUUUCUGAUAAGUCUAAGGCUAGGAUAUUGAAUAACAGUAGGAAUGCAGGGGCUGCAGAUGGAGUUACCCAUAAUUCUAAAUUUUCAUUGGACUGCUGUAAGUUAAAACUCAUUGUCAUUGCUAAAAUAUUUUCCAGCUUUGUUAUUUCCAUAUCUGCUUACAAGUAGCAAGUCUGUUUGUAGGUUACUUCUAAAGUUUUAAGACUCCAUUUAAACAUUUUGUGGCUAUGUCUAGAAUUGACUAGAAAAAUACUCACCAGGGUUUAACCUUAGUUCAGAUUGGUCAAUAAUGACUGCCUUGAUAAAGGAUUAAUCAGAAUUUAGAUACAGAUUUAUUUUUGUAUAUGGAUAUGUGGCUUUUUAUCAGCUGUUAUUAAAUUGUAUCAAAUGUAUGUCAUGACAACC